CCUCUUUAUUCUCCAAGUCGCUGAUUCUUCUUGACAACGCGAAUGUUUGUUUUUCCGCUUUCCUAGAAACCGCCGGCGACGCUUAAAAACGACGUUAACGGUGAAUCUCCUCGGCCUACUAGCGAAGCCACACCGCGCGUCUGAACUCUGAGCGUUUUUUUUUAAUGGUAAAGUCUGGAGUACUGUUCUUCUGUAUGUAACGGGGGUUUUUAACUCCUAGCUCUCAGCGAACCGCUCGGCUGUAUUUAGGGAAAUCCACGCGUCCACGGAGGCGGCGCUUGCUGGAGUUCACCGAAGAGCUAGACAGUUUUCAGCCCAGAGCACUCAGUCUUACCUUUGACUCAACGUUAAGCAGUUGAUUUCGACACGAGUAACUCUGUUAUGUGUCGUUUUCCCAAUCGUUCCGUCCAGUGACCCUGGCUGCCGCGUGAAAACGGUUCGUCGAGCGUUCCCGCAGUGCUUCCCCUGUGUUGGUUUUACAGUUUUUUUCUGGACAGCCUCGGUCCCUACAGAGAUGCUGAACCAAAGCGCGUACAUUGAGAAGGACUUUCAAGCACCAGAUUAAAAAAAGAAAAAAAGCCGCAGCCGUCUCCCCGUCUUCACCUACCUCUCUGCUUUCAACGCAUCCAAAGUCCAGUCUCAGAAGAACAUGGCGUUUUUAAUGAAAAAGAAGAAGUUCAAGUUUCAGAUACACUUCACUCUGGAGGAGCUCACGGCUGUGCCGUUUGUGAACGGGAUGCUCUUCUGCAAAAUCAGGCUGUUGGAUGGUGGAGACUUUUCCAUUUCUUCAUCCAGGCAAGAGGUUCAGGAAAACUGUGUUCGCUGGCGAAAGAAGUUCUCCUUUGUUUGUAAGAUGAGUGCCAGUCCUGCCACGGGGGUCCUGGACCCCUGCAUUUGCAGAGUGUCUGUGCGUAAGGAACUUAAAGGUGGAAAGGCUUUUUCAAAGCUGGGCUUUGCUGACCUCAACUUGGCGGAGUUUGCUGGUUCAGGCUCCACUGUUCGCUGCUGUAUACUAGAAGGCUACGACACCAAGAACACUCGGCAGGACAACUCCAUACUCAAAGUUACCAUUGGCAUGACUCUUCUAUCUGGAGAUCCCUGCUUUAAAACGCCUGUGAGCACAGCUAAGACCAUUGCCAUGGCUGGGCAGGACCCCUCUCUGCAGCUGGACCGCAAGGGAGAGGGCACCGCCGACCACUCUGCACCGGCCCUCGGUGGCAUCACUCGCCGAUCGGUCAAAAGCAGACCCUCUGUGAACAACUCUGGAGGACUUCAGGAGGGAUUGGAGGAGAACCUGUCCAGUCCAGAUGAAGUGUUUCACACAGGACAUUCUCGCAACUCCAGCUUUGCCAGCCAACAAAGCAAAAUCUCAGGUGGGACUCAGGGCACGAUCAAACGAGCAUCAGGCUACAGUACAGAGCACUCUCACUCCUCCAGCCUGACAGAUCUGUCCCAGCACCGGCGGAACACCUCCACCAGCAGCAGCAACACAUCAGGAGGAACGUCUACAACGAUCGAGAGCCCGGUAGAGCCGGAGAAAGACAUGAUAAAACCAGAGAGACCCCCACGUCCCCCACGACCCAGUAUGCCCCUAAACAGACCCUCAAGGAGAAAGAAGGACUCUGUGGAGAACCAUCCCACAUGGGUGGACGACACGCGCAUUGAUGCAGACGAUAUUGUGGAGAAGAUUGUGCAGAGUCAGAACUUUGCGGAUGUCAGCAACAAUGAAGACAGCAAUUUAACACUGUUCAUCAGCAGAGAUGGCACCACAGCAUUAAGCGGCUUACAGCUUGUCAACAGGGUGUCUGCGGGUGUUUUUGAACCGGUGGUGAUUGAGAGCCAUUAGAUCUCUGAAGCCGGCAGUCACUCUCACAGCCACUGCCUUUUCUAUUAUUAUUUAAACAAUGGAGAAAGAAAGACAGGGACUUGUCAGAGUGGACACCUGACUUCACAAAUCCUCGCAUGGGUCUAAUUUAUUGCUCGCCAAUUACAAGCAUAAUACCCUAAUUAUUCAUAAAAAAACAGUGGUGGGUACAUUCAUUGUUCUAUGAUUAAGAAUGAAUUAAUCAUAAAUAUUUUACAGCGGAUUACAAACUACUUGAAAUGCCUUAAGAAAUGAGGCUAGAUGGAAGCUUCAGUCUAACACUGUGAAAUAUGAGGGUAGUCCAAAGGCUUUAGAAAGAAAAUUUAGUUCUAAUAAUAUUCUAUUAAAGUUUUUGUAGCAUUUUGCAUAUUAUUUAAUAUUUUAAAAUGGGAAUUUAAUGCUUUUUUUUCCACUGAAAUCCACUUGCCGUUGCAUACAUUCUAAUAAUGCAGUUUAGUCAUUACCAACCCAUUAGAUUAUCAUGGAUUAAUGUUCCUGUAUGGCUGGCCAUACAAAUAUGUCAGAGGCAAAGAAAACAGGUGAAGGGUGAGUUCACCCCAAAAUUAAAAUUCUGUCAUUAAUUACAAACCUGUAAGACCUUCAGUCAUCUUCAGAACACAAAUCAAGAUAUUCACGAUGAAAUCCACAGACAGCAGCACAACUGAAAUGAUCCCACAUCCAGAAAAACAGUCCACGGGACAUCAGUAUAUCAACUUCAGUUUUGCAACGUUACGAGAACCAUUCUUAGACCCCCGAGUUACGCCUUCUGCCUUUUCGGAGAUUGCUUAAGAAUGUAUUUAACGUAAUCAGCGUUGUUUACAUCCCGAGGGGAAAGUGCGCACAUGAACAUGACAGAUGUGACAGAAUUUACAUUUUGGAGUGAAUAAACCCUUUAAGCUGUUCCCCCACACAGCCACUUUCAGUAUCACACUCUCAUGUGAGGUGGGCCAGAGUUUGCUUACAUAUGUUCCAGCUGGACUGGUGAACAGGAAACGUAUGAAUAUACUGUAAAUAUACAGUACUUCCCCAUCUCCUUCUCUUUCUCUUUCUCUUUCGUAAAUUUCCCAGCGUAUUCCUGACUUGGCCUAUCACAGUAUUUCAGUUUCACUAUUCUUCUACGUCUUCGACUUCGCUGCUGGUUUCAGCUCAGAAGUUUUGCGUGACUGUGAGUUUUGGCUCUGACGGCGCCGCGCACGACGCAAGAGCACAGCCAAGUCAUUUGCGGGAUCCUCUCACUAGGGUCUCGUCAGUUUCAAAAUAGCCAUAUCCAGUGAGAUCCUGCAUUGCGCAGCUAAAAUACAGAGCAAGAGCAAAUGAUUUGGAGAAUCCUUGUUGUAAGACACCACUGAAUAAUUCCAUUGUUUUUAGGGCUAGAUCAGAGACGGUGACUCAUAGUCACGCGUCUGUCCUUGGCGACCGCCUCUGUGUUUCUAACAAGCACCUGGUGUGCAGUAGGAAACAGCGUGCAACAGGCCUGACAGCGAAACAGAGAAAACAGAAGGCCCAGUUUUCUGUGUUUCUCCGUCAUGCACUGCUUGUUUGUCAUCUGAUUAGUUAUUCAUGAUCUUUGUCACGGAGAUGACUCUUUCUCAGUUGAUCUGAGAGCAUUCACCACAUUAAAGACUGAUAUUUUGUUCUAUUUUUUUGUCAGUUGCGAGAAAAGUGCAAUGUGGGCCUGUUUUUUUUAUUUUUUUUUUUAAAGCCCAUAAAAUAUUUCACCUGUCCAGUGGCUUAAAAUGAUACGUUUAAACAGAAUCGCUGUUCACUAGCAUUAAUUAAUGUUCUUGUUAUUAAUGCCAUUAAAAAAAUGAGUUUCUGGCAUGGAUUUUUACUCCUGGAAAUUUAAAGUAACACUAACUUUUAAAGGGCAAAAUAUACAGUAUGACAUUACGUGGCCUGAUAAAGCCUAGUGUUCUGGAUGUUUCUGCUUAGCUAAUAUAAUAAAGGGAUUCUCUGAAGACACUGAAAAACUUAUCUAACUUUUUAUUGUUUACUCUUUAUAGCUUCAGUCUACUCUUACACAAAAAAGCUAUUAGCAACUAAGGACAAUAACUCUAUACUGUCAUCUUUAUUUUCGAGCCAGCGGGCUGGUUCACUGGAAUCUCUUUCAGGGGGAUUUUCCCCUCAACCUUGAUGUCAAAAAAAAUCCUGUAAAGUCUUAACAUUUGUGGUGAAAUAAUGACCAUCUGUGGUUUCCGUUCUUUCUCUCUUCACCCUCUUUGUCUUACAAACACUUUUGUAAUGUUUUUAGUGAUAAUUGACUGUAACCUGUGAUCUUUCUAGCGCAGAAGAGUAGAUAUAUAUACAUAUAUAUUUGAUUUAAGAUGCUGUUGCAGGGAGCAGACUGAGGUCUAUGCAAAAGUUGGAAACAAGAGGGAUGAUGUCAUUUAUAGUUUUUGUACAUUUCAGUAAUCUGGAGCUUUUGUUCUUUUAAAAAAAAAAAAAAAAAAAUACGGUUGUUUAAUUAAUGUGUGCACGUUCAUUUAUUUGUGUUUAAAAUAAAGAUUGUUUUAAAUAUGUACAUCUAAGGUUCAACCGGUGGCACAGGCUCCAGGAUACUGAAACCUCAGAUGAUAUAUAUGUAAAGUUCACUACAACAGCACUUAACUACAGAGGACUAACUAACGUCGCUCACACAUUCUCCAGAAUGUUCAUCUUCAUUUCUCCUGUACCAUCCUAAAAAGGACGAAAGCUACGCACUUACAGAAAGCUUUCCACGAUAACAUCCAUAUUAAUGACAGCAACAUUCAUGAAGUGAAAUAUAUUCUGAUUUCCUUAAAAAUGGAUUUACCACUAAAGUACUAUGGAAAUGAAUUUAUUUUUCUGAUUGUGACAAAUAUUUAUAUAUUAUCAAUGCGGUGUUGCUCCAAAGUUUUCAUGCUAUUACGUUUGGUUUCAUGCAUGGGGAUCGAGAGGAUAAUUUUUAAUGAUGGAACGGAACAAUAUUUCUACACUCAAAUGUGAAUGUUUCUUUCUUUAAUGUAACUGUCAGGUGAGGUUAUGUGUAUGUAUUAUUUGGGGGAAAUAAAGAUAAUGCUGGGUAAUAAAUAA